AUUUUUUUUACAUUUUGUUACAAAUCAAUGACGCCUUAUUACAAACUAACUGGAUAGAAUAUGGGAAUGCGCCGGGAGCUGAAAAAGUUUGGGAACCUUUGAAUUAAGGGAUUAGAGCAUAAACUUACACCAAGUCUAAUUUUCAUUCCUUAUAAUAAGUUAUAAUUUAAUUAGGGAUGGCUACGUCAUCGGUUCGACUGACACCGAAAGGGUGACAGUGACAGUGCAAAACACGGGUGACCCCGCGUACACAGCGUGCGUAUACGUCAACGUGAGAAACGUGCGCGUGCGCCGAUGGCCGCCCAGAUGCAAGCGGGUCGAUGCAAAUAACGGCAUCUGUUCACCCAAUCAUCCUAUAAGAAACAACACAAGUUGGAAUUCAGGUGACAUUGAAUUGGAAACCAAGAGUUUGAGAAGUAACAUGAAAGAAAUAAUCUUCACGGUUGAUCUCAAACAAUGUUCGUCCAAUAUCGAUAAAAGGGGACAAACUAAAACCAAGACAAUCAAUUUAAUCACUGAUCCCAAAGGGCUGGCUACAAGAGGCGUAACAAGCAUAUUACGGAAGAAGGAAGCCGCGGUUCCCCUGUGGGUCAUCAUAAUAGCUACAUUAGUAGGCAUACUCAUCAUGCUCUUAAUUGCAUUUGCACUCCAUGAGCGGCGCUCAGCUAUUGAACGUGAAAGUAAACGCUUCACCAAAAAAUUAGAUGAAAGGGAACUUAUCGAAGAGUCUGAUGGCAGCGAGCCAUCGUCACCGAAGACCGCCGGUUGUAAACCACUAUCUACUACUGAAGGAGAAACAGCAACAAAAUCACCUGAAAAAGAUAUGCCCAGUGCGGGAAUUUGUGAAGAAUUACCUACAAAUAUGACCAAAUCAUAUGACAAAAAUAUGUCCAGUGAAGAAAAAUCACCAAGAGAUAUGAUCGAUGAUAAAAAAAUUAAGUAAGUAUCAAGCAUUGUUAACGUAACGCUUUUUCGAUAGGAUGGGUAUAAGAAGGUUGAAUUUCGAAGCGCGGCAAAUGUCUGCCAAUCAGAAUGAUUCUAGUAUUAUACCAUCGGAUGGUCCACCAAUAUCCAUGACCCUAUUGUUUUGCAUUUUACAACUAAUGGUUAUUGAAAAAAGACUAAAUAUAAAUUUUAAUAUGUUUGGCCAUCAUCGGUAUUGGUAGAUCUACUCAGCGCAAAUAACAAUCAACACGCGCUUAACCAGUUGGAACUUACUAUUAAUAAACGGAUCUUAAUCCAUAACAGUGCUAUUAAUAAAGAAGGUUUAGCGUUAGAGUUAAUUUACGCUAAAAUCGCAAUAAAAAAAUAAAUAAAUAAAAAAAAUAAAAAUGUAUUUAUUGAUACAAAUAGUUUAACAAAAGUAUAGUGUACGAUAAUAGUCGCAGUAGUUUAAAAAGAAAACUGAAGUGCAACCAUUAGCGCCCACCUCCAGGUAGUAAAUAAUGAUUAUGUUCCUUAUUCGACUAUAUUAUUAUAAUUAUUAUUUGUAAUAAUUAUUUGAGUUAACAGAACAAAAUUAAAAUUCUAGUAUUAAUUCAAAUCCAUAUUAUACAGAGAAUAACCUAACUACUACCUUCUAGGAGUGAAUAUUACUCCCGUUAACUCGUACUAGGUUAAACUUUGCUAAGUCUCUGUUUAAUAAUAUCAAUUAUGACUAAUACUAAGUGCAGUCUCAGCGUAAAUUUACACCAACAAUGCAACAAGCAUAUCAGCGAUAAAUGCAUGCCCAACGUUAGUAUCAUUAAAACUAUAUGCGUUAGCAUACUAUCGUAAAUCUCAACAAUAG